GGAGGGAGGAGGACGCAGGAGACACACUUCACCUCCGAUCAGCUGUUCGUCUCCGGAGUUGUUAAUCGCGCUCGGAUUUAGUUUGAACCAAAUGCAAAGCAAAAAGAACAAAGUUUUGAACUCCACUGCAAACUCUUUCUCACAAGCAAUGCUCUGUUUGGGAGAUUCCACCGACUGCCUCCGGGACCAGAUGCAGUGCAUGAUGAGGUCCCUGCAGGAUUUGAAGCAGAUCAGCAGGCCGAGGCCACUGAGCGAACCGUGCGUCCGCUCCUUCGCCGUGACGCGCCUCUGCAAACAGAGGGCACAGCAGGAGCGACUCACUCGUCUGCGUGUUUCCGAUGCCAGCGAGGCCAGCACGUACGACUCUGCCUGCUGCCUGGCCAGUCCACUGGAGGAGGAGGAGGAGGAGCAGCAGGAGCACGAACGGCUGGCACAAGGAUCCCCCAGCAGUGAGAAGAGCGUGGACUUUGACUCGGGCUACUCUGAGGCUUCUUGGCAGGAUGAAGGUGUGGUGCUGAGAAGGACCAGAAACGUUCGAGUCUCCUCUUCUGCCUGCCUUCGCACAAACAGAGGACCUUCUGGACGCAUCCGGCCCAAAUCCACCUCUGACGCUUGCCUGGAGCGCUGGACUUCAUUUGAGGCCAGCGAUCCGGAGGACUGGACGACGUCGCUGCUGAGUCGCAGCAGGAACAGACAACCCCUGGUUCUGGGGGACAACAGUUUUGCUGACCUAAUAAAGAACUGGAUGGACCUACCAGACUGUCCUGAGCCAGCAGAACUAAAGCCCAGCGCAGGCCGGCGUCUCGCCAAAGACAUUUUGGGCAACAUGCGCCGGAGGCUGGCAGGGAUGUCUAAAGGUGUGGAGAUGAGGCCGAGGCCAGCGGACGCCACCAAAGUCAACAGAGCUGCAGAGGCUCCCAAACGGCUGUCCUGUCCUGUGGGACUCCAAUCUCUCAAACCUUUCUUUCACCAGUCCCACACUGGGCUGCACCAACCGGACACUGACUUCUAUCAGUUCACCGCCCUCAUGAAGACGGGCAGUCGACAGCCCAUCAUAUGCAACGACAUCAUCGGAUACAUCUGAGUGACAGACUGAUCUUUUGCUGCCAAUUUCUAAAAAGACAAUUCUUUUUUUUCCCCCUGUUGAUUCAUCUGGAAUAAACGUUUCUUGUAUUUAAUGAAAAUGUCUUCUGCUGCUGCCAAAGAUUGAGCAGUCAAAAUGAAAUGCAAUAAAAUUCUAAAAUCUGAAUAUUCUA